UUGAGAGAGAGAGAGGAGGGGGGGAAGGGAGCAGUUGUCAGGAAGUUUAUUUCAGUGUCAUGUCUCUCUUCAGACUGUACUUGUUCAAACUUAAAGGUGUUUUUACUAUUUAAGGAUAGACCUAGACAUGGGGAUAAGAAACUAUGUAUUGUGUGUUCUGUUCGUUAUUAAUAACAUCUUUAAGGUAUCUGGUUCAGGUACUGAAAACGUUUGUGUAAAUAAUGAAACUGGAAAACUGGUGUUUGGAAUGGACUGUACUUCUAGCACACAGUGCAUCACAGAAUACUGUUAUAACACCAAGUGUGCGUGCCCGACGGGAAAGUCUUACGACGCAUGUAAUGCCAGAUGCACCACAGAGAAUGAAUAUACAAUCAGUUUUGAUGAUAUGCCACCAGGGAGUCUCUAUAACUGGACCUUCACAGCGCCCAUGUAUACCUAUGUAACUCUUGUAUUAUGUUAUAUAGAUCUGAACCCAAGCAACUGCCAAAACAAUUAUGUCUACGUGACUGAUAAUAUAAACAACGUCAUCGCGUCAGAAUAUAUCUGUUUAAAGAAUACGUCCAGUGCACUAUAUUUUGCGUCUCGCAAGAACGUCAUCUCUAUCAAUUACAAGUUAACUGAUAGCGGAUACAGAGGUUUUAGAGGAAGUUACUCAGUUAGAGAUAAUAACACUGUUCUGACGGACACUUCUGGCUACAUAAUGAAUCCUGGUUAUCCAUACGGAUAUCUUGAAAACUGUUAUUAUACAUGGCACAUAUCAGCUAAGUCAGGACACUUUGUUUCUUUAAGCUUGCUCUAUCUAGAUCUGGAGACAAAUUAUGAUAGGCUGAUUGUUUAUGACGGACCAAAUACUUUUUCAAGUCCAAUCUAUAAUUAUUCUGGCUAUAAUAACGGCACACAAAAGAACCUGACCUCUACCUCCAACAACAUGUUCAUUGUGUUUACAAGUGAUUCGAGCUACUCUGGACACGGUUUCUUUGCGCUAUUUGUGACACUAGGUCAAGCAUACGGGCAUGUCUGUAACAGUACACACAGGUGUUCAGAUGACCUUGACUGUUUGGGGGGAAUUUGUAGCUGUAACGUGUCCUUUUAUUAUGACAUUACAACGGGACACUGCACAAAACCUCUACUUCACGGAGCAAUGUGCGUACCAAGCAUCAAUAACAUGUGUGCGACAGACUUCACCUGUUCAACAGACAGAAUGAACACAACUAGAUGUCUUUGCUCUAGCGACCAGUAUGAGAAGCUAGGGACAUGCUACUGGGAUUCAGAUUUAAAGGCUACAGUUUCAAGUAAAACCUUUCCAAGUGUCAUUUACCUCAAUUGGACAACAAUGUCAGAACGUUCUGACCUGACCUACAUUGUGACAUGGGAAUCUUCGUGGCUCAGUUCAGACAGUGGUCACGUCACUAGCAGCUUAAAGGAGGUGUAUGUGACAGGUCUGACUCCUCAGCAAAACUACACCUUCACCAUUACAUCAGUAUUACCAUCGGACAGCUUCUACGACAGUAAAUCUAUACAGACUACAUACAUAGUAUCCACUGAAUUAGAUGGACUCACAGAGUGUAAAAAUACCUCACAAUGUAACGAUACAAUAAGCUGUGGUAAUGGAACAUCCAUCAGCUCAAACAUAGCCUCAAACAUAUCUCAAGCUUCUGUAGCUGGCAACAGUCAAGAUAAAGAGGACACAAUACAAAUUGUCCUUAUCGUUGUGGCUGCAGUUGGUUGGUUUGUUGCUUUGACAGCUCUGGUAACAGUGAUUAUCGUAUGUUUACGAACUAAACAGAACAAGGGAUCUCAAGCUAUUGAAGAAACAAAUAAGGAAAGAAACAAAGAGUCUGUGAUGUCAUUGAAUGACAUUUUGUCCAAACAGUCUAGCGCAGCAACCAAAAAUGAGUACAAACCCAUGUCUGAGUCUACCCAAGCAUUAACAGAAGACGCUAUAUAUAUCAAUGGAAGAGAAGUCCAUCUGAAGAAACAACCAGUUCUCCAUCUAGACACUAGCCGGGAAUCGAACCAACAUCCAACUGAUAACGACAACAAUGUUUAUGAUGAAGUCAUGAGCCCGUUUUCUAAACGUACACACGAAACAAACAUAUAUAACAACUGCUGACCGUAUCCCUUUUUUUUUAUUUUAGGCAAGAAAAACACAAUGUUAUUUAGGUUUCCAAGAGUUGUGACUGCUCGAUUCAUUAUCAAUGUAAAUACUUCGUAGAGUAGUUGACUUUUCUGCCUGAGCACAGAAAAAAUAUUGAGUGAAAGAUACGAAGCUUAGAGAGCCUAAGCUCCCGCCUUGCGCAGGGGAUUAGAAAACUAAACAUGGAUUGGGAAUGCAACGGCUUCGUCUGCAUUGGAUACAAUUUAUGUAGGUCAUAACUAAGUUAUCAUAACAGUAUGAAACUCUGCACUCGGGUUAAAAGGUCGUUCAAGUAUAUAACUCAUGUAGGGAAAAAAGGAAAAUGUUGCUGAAAAUGACCAUAUAAAUAGUGCAAACUUUCAAAUACCUUGGUACUAUCUAAGAAAACAAAUUAAAUUUUACCGCAAACACUGAUUAUAUCAGCAGAAAAGGGCAGCAAAGAUUACGAUUACUUAGAAAAAUGUCUUCGUUUAAUAAUAGCGAAAAUAAUUAAUAAGUAGUUUUUCAUAUUAUCGCGUGAACUGCAAUCUGCAGACAUUCACCAAAGUAUAGGAAGAGGAUAAUUUUUUUUUUUUACAAAAAUGUUUUUUUUUUGUCUUAAGGCUUUGAAUAAGAGAUUGACCCUUACAGAACAAUUAGAUCUAUUAGAUAAUUAUUAUAUGCAAGGCGCACAUCGAACUUCUCCUUUACUUUCACCUAUCCCUUGAUCUGCUGGACCGUUGGGGCACCACUCAAGAUCUGUCAACCUUCUUUUUCCAUUCUUCUUUGCCAUUUGCAUUUGAUAGAAUUUCAUUCUGAUACUCUUUCUGAAAAUAUUGAAACAUGCCUUUUUACCUUACCUGGGUUGACCACUUUGGGGGCCGAUUUUGAGUUUGUGUUCCCACACAAACUGUCUUCGUUACCUUGUUAAUUUUUGGGGUUUGCUUCUAAAGGGUACCUGAAAUUAAUCAGGGAAAGUUAAUCGGUUAGUCGUUGUGCUGGCCUCAUGACUUCCUCGUUAACCGUUUGCCAUAGAAACAGAUGACCUUUACAUUAUACAUAAUUAUCAGUGACCUGUGAUAUAGACAUCCACCGAGAAUCACUUUGGAAAAUCAUUAGAGAAUACGGUAUCCCAGAAAAAUUCGUCCAGAUCCUACGACACUUUUACAGUCAGUCUAGUUGCUGCAUUAAAACAGAAGAGGGAACAACAGAGUUUUUUACAAUCGAGACAGGUGUGAGACAGGGGUGCAUCUUAUCUCCCUUCCUUUUCCUCCUAGCCAUCGACUACAUAAUGAGGAGAGCAAUGAACCAGACUGCCUUUGGUAUUCCAUGGCAUGAACAACUCCGAUUGACGGACUUGGACUUUGCUGAUGAUGUUGCACACUCGGGGCUACAAAUAAAUUCAUUCAAGAAAUGACGGAGAGCUUAGACAGAGAGGCACCCAAAAUUGGCCUCCGCAUAAACUUGGAUAAGACUAAAAUUAUGCGAGUGGGAUAUAAGGCAAAGGGUGUUCCCGUCAGACUUGGCGAGUCAAAGCUUGAAGAGCUGGACAAGUUCACGUACCAUGGCAGCAUCAUAACAAAUGAUGGAGAUGCUUACCAUGAUGUAGCGUGCCAAAUAGGAAAGGCAGGGAGCAUUUUCCAAAGGCUGCAGCCUAUUUAGACAAGGCAAGAGAUUGGACUCGAGACAAAAAUACACCUUCUCAACACAUAUAUAUAUAUGCAUGUGAGACGUGGAAGUCAUCUGUCAAAAUUGAGAAAAGACUAAAUCUGGCUCAACAGAGAUGGCUUAGAGAGAUUUUGGGAGUCAGUUACACAGAUCGGGUCUCAAACAAGGAAAUCCUAUGCCGAACUGGGAGUCGAACACUUAGUGAGCUUGUGACUGAGCGUCGCAUGAGGUUUGCGGGACAUGUUCUACGUCAAAAUGAAUUACGCACACCAAGAGUUGCGAUAACAUGGAAGCCAAAAAGAGGAAAGCGCAAACAGAGACGUCCUCGUAUUACUUGGCGACACACCUUCAUGGAGGACCUCAGAACAGUAAACACCAGGUGGGAGGAGGCUUCAGACAUUGCCAGUGACAGAUCUUUAUGGAGACAGCUUGCCGCCCAAUGCGCCGAACGGCGCGGGAGGACCUAAGUCUAAGUAAGUAAAAGUGAUAUAGACAAAAAAAAAAAUACAAAAAAAAUUCUCCCCUUCCUAUACUUUGGUGAAUGUCUGCAGACUACAGUUCACGCGAUAAUAUGAACAACUACUUAUUAAUUCUUGUUUUAAAUUAUGUUUCACUUAUAGCAUACGAAAUUAAUUUUUUUUCUCUUUAAAAAUAAAAGUAAACAUUUUUUAAAUGUAACAGUAUUACAGAACGUAUAUAACUUAACAAUACAAUUGUAACUGAAGUUUACAUUUUUUUAGAUGACCAAUAUAUUAUAAAUACAAUAGCCUUUCCACACCAGGAACUGUGGGAUUUGUGAUAGUAAGUGUGUCCUGAGUUACCGGUAGCGCUAAUGUGUGUAACUUUGUAUUGCUUGACUGUUGUUGUUAUUAUUUGGAUAAGUGAAAGACUGAUUAUGUGCGAAGUAGUGGAUCCAUUAGAUAUGCUGAUAGAGACAGAGUGUGUCAAAAUAAAUAUUAAAAUAAAAUUAACAUGUGCAAGUUCAUUAAGUCAUCUCUUGGUGUGUACUAAAGUUUUAGGAAUUUUAUUUACUUCUGGUGAAAUAUGCCAUUAUAUGUGACAUUAUAUUGUUUACUUUUAUUGUAAGUUUGAUUUAAUACCCAUUUGAUAACCAUUUGAUACUCAUUUGAUACCCACUUGAUACCCACUUCAUACCCAUUUGAUACCCACUUCAUACCCACUUGAUACCUACUUGAUACCCAUUUGAUACCCACUUGAUACCCAUUUGAUACCCACUUGAUACCCACUUGAUACCCACUUGAUACUCACUUGAUACCCAUUUGAUACCCACUUGAUACCCACUUGAUUCCCACUUGAUACUCACUUGAUACCCAUUUGAUACCCAUUUGAUACUCACUUGAUACCCACUUGAUACCCACUUGAUACCCAUUUGAUAUCCACUUGAUACCCAUUUGAUACCCACUUGAUACCGAUUUCAUACCCGAAGAAAAAUCCUUGUUAAAGACAGGCACUAAAGAAGAAAAUUGGAUGUUGAAAAAUAUGCAGGUCUCAACUGGGUAUGCGUAAUCACGUAAAACACUGCACUCAGCCUUUAUCUUUGGAAUCAUAGACAUUGUCAUUAUUAUUAUUUGCAUUAUUAUUAUUACUAUUGUUAUCAAUUAGAAUCGGUCUAAACACAUCGCAAUUCAGAAAAGAUAUCUCUCUCUCUUUCUCUCUCUCUCUCUCUCUCUUUCUCUCUUUCUUUCUGUCUAAUUCUAAACUAAAAAAAAUCAUAUGUUGAAAAUGUUAUUUUUAUCUCCAUGCUAUCUAAGGGACAAUAUCAAUAGCUUUUUACCAGACAGACAGACAGAGUGAAUUGAUAUAAGUUUUGUAAAAAUUAACGAUGUGAAUGGAUUUCUAAGAGUGUAUUUGCUUGAAAGAUACGUCUAAUAAAUCUUAUACUCAUAAUAA